GCUUUUUCGCGUGUCUAAAUACUUACGGCGGAAAAAUUGCUCAGAAUUGUGCACGGUAUGUUCAAAUCUUCAUAAAUUUUUCAUCUUUACGGACAAUUGGCUCCCCCCCCGUCGGAGUAAUUCCUUCACCAGAUCCGAAUUCCGGUGCAGCUUAUUAUCGGUGCUGGAGAAAGCUUCGUCGCCGGAAAAAAAGACUGUUAGGUUUGGAUGCUUUGAACUCGGCCUUGAGCUUCAGAUUAUGAGUGUACAUAUUUAUUCUCCUUAAAAAAAAAGAUGCCUGGCAUACCAUUAACACCCAACGGGACUUCUUAUUCUAGAGCUGCAGAACAGAUGUGCCGUCACGAUUCUCACGAGCACUUGUCUGCAGAAGAAGAAAUUGCAGCCGAAGAAAGUCUUUCGAUAUAUUGUAAACCUGUUGAAUUAUACAACAUACUGCAACGCCGAGCUGCAAAAAAUCCGUCUUUCAUACAAAGAUGUUUGCGGUACAAAUUACAAACAAAACAUAAAAGAAGGUAAUUGUCUGGAAUCAUAUGCUUUAUGUUUCAGUUUAGUUUCCAAUUUUGAAAGAUGAAACUUGAAUCUAAAUAGCUCAUCUCAGGGGAUCAGAACCUUUUCAGUCAGGCUAGGUGGUAUGAACCAUCACAAGGGUAAACCAGUAUUCCAUUUGUCUCCGAAAGUAGUCAUAUUUUGAAAAUUUAUUAUUUCCCCCCUAAAUGAGUCUUAUUCGAACAAAACAAUAUAUUUUUUUAUUAUAUCUAAUGCUUAAAAAAUAAGUGUAUGGAACAAGUUAAAUAUGUUAAAUUAAGCUAAAUCAACAAAUACAAAAACAACCCAGUAGAAUCCCUUACGACAGUAAGGUCUGGGGAGUGUGUAUGCGGACCUUAGCCCUGCUUGGAGUAGUAUAAUUGAGGAUCUCUAAUGGUUGUACUCUGUAUAUUACAAUGGCAACCACACCAGGCAUAUGGGGAAUAACUGCAUAUUUUAAAAAUUAAAAGGAAUAUCAUGGUUAAACAAGACUCUUUUUAUAACACAAAAAGAGUAUAUUAACAAGCUGGUUGCAUUACCUAUUUAUUUGUUCUUAUCAGGCCAGGGUCAUUCAUAAUUAAACCAUCAAAUGGUGUAAUUGAAUUUGGACAAUGAUUUCCUGAUGCUCUUAUAUUCUGUGCCUUAAUGUUUUGUGCAUAUUAGUGUUUGUAAAGUGUAGACCAUCAUUUCUUACUUUGGAAGUUUUUCAUGCAUUUCAAGGAUACAAAUGACCAUUUCUCUUCCAGCAACUUUAAAUGGCGGCUCACACAUUCAAAGCAUGUUUCCUUUGUGUAUAUUGUUGGCUAGGCAAGUUCCAAUUCCUGUAGCUUCUGAGUACUCUGCAGUAUAUUGCUUUAAGCGGGCAUGCGUGCUAUCCUCUUGUUCCGGAGUAGACAGGACGAAUCAAGCUUAUGCAAAAUUUGUACUCCCUGAAAUGAAUAAGUUAUCAUCGGAGAUUGAUGCAGCAUCACUUGUAAUUCUUUUUAUUAGCUGUGCUGAGAUCGCCAAGGACCAUAUGGAUAUGUCAUAUUUUGCUUCCAAUGUUGAAGGACACUGCUUAUUGAGUAGGAUGUCCAUGGAAUUGCCUUAUUUAUCUUUGGAAAAGUCUCCAAACUUGGGUCUUGGAGAAAGAGCAGAGAUGUUUUCCACUGUUGACUUGUGCCCCUGUUUCAUGAAGGUAAGCUAUUUGGAGAAACAUGGGUGUGUUUCAUUUCAGUUUCCUCAAUCAUUUGGAGCUGCGGAUACAUCACAUGAGAUUAAAGUCAGUGUUGCUGCAGAAGAAGUUGGGGCAAAGGAGAGAACGUCUUACGAUUCGUACUCCUAUAAUGAAGUUCCUAACUCAUCUUUGCAUCAUAUAAAAAGGCUACGGACUGGAAAUGUUGUUUUCAACUAUAGAUACUAUAACAAUAAGUGCCAGCGAACUGAAGUAACAGAAGACUUUACAUGUCCUUUCUGCUUGGUGAAAUGUGGAAGCUUUAAGGGUCUGAGAUAUCACUUAUCUUCUUGUCAUGAUCUAUUCUAUUUUGACUUUUGGGUCACUGAAGAAUAUCAGGCGGUAAAUGUGUCUGUUAAAACUGAUGUAUGGAGAUCUGAGAUCAUUGCUGACGGUGUUGAUCCCAAACAACAAACAUUUUUCUUUUGUUCAAGGCCCUUAAGACGCCGAAAACAACAAAGCGUUCAGAAUGGAAAGCAUGUACAUCCACUGGCUUUUGAUUCAGAUUCUCCAACGACAAUAAAGGAUCUUCACAUCAAGAAUGAUGGUAUCGUGGAAUGUGAUGCAUCAAGUCCCAAUGCUGCAACUGUAUCAUCAGCCACUGGACAACCAUUUCCAGACCCUGAAUGUACAGAGUCAUUGCCUGGAAGCAGUCUAGCACAACCUGCAGUGCUUCAAUUUGCAAAGACCAGGAAGUUAUCUGUUGAGCGUUCCGAUCCAAGAAAUCGUACCCUCCUGCAGAAGAGACAAUUCUUUCACUCACACCGAGCCCAGCCUAUGGAAUUGGAACAAGUUUUAUCAGACCAGGAUAGUGAGGAUGAAGUUGAUGAUGAUGUUGCGGAUCUCGAAGACCGGCGGAUGCUUGAUGAUUUUGUGGACGUUUCCAAAGACGAGAAGCAUAUGAUGCAUCUCUGGAAUUCAUUUGUGAGAAAGCAAAGGGUGCUUGCAGAUGGCCACAUUCCUUGGGCAUGUGAGGCCUUCUCAAAGCUGCAUGGUCAAGAUUUUCUCCGAACUCCCGCACUGCUCUGGUGCUGGAGAUUGUUCAUGAUAAAACUAUGGAAUCACGGCCUCCUAGAUGCUCGUGCCAUGAACAACUGUAACGUGAUACUCGAACAAUUUCAAAACCAAGACGACGACAAAAGCUAACCAUGUGUCUGUUCUUUUCAGAAUAAUUCUGUUUUGUCACCACCACCAUUGACACCAAGGUUGACUCUAUCAUUGACCCUCAUUGUUUGUGAUGUUUAAGAAACGUUUAUGGGGCCAAUCUCGGUGUCAUUGGCAAUGUCACUGUAACAUAACUCUUUCUUUUUGUUCUGGUUUCUUUGUAACACUAGAGCCUAGAGGGUACCACUCGGGCAAUCGGGUAAGCAAGUCCUAGUCCCCUAGCCCCGUUUGGUCUGACCAUAAGUCUGGUGGGUC